AUGGCGGAGGUCGCGGACGUGGUGGGAGUGAGAGAGGUAGGGGAGGAAGAGGAGGAGGAGGAGGAGGAGGGAGAGGAUCAGAAGGGAGAGGAGGAGGGAGAGGAGGAGAAGGGAGAGGAGGAGGGGGAGGAGGAUGGGGAGGAGGAUGGGGAGGAAGAGGAGGAGGAGGGGGAGGAAGAGGAGGGGGAGGAGGAGGAAGAGGAGGACGAGGACGAGGAGGGACGUCCAGACGCGGCAUUCCACGUCAUCAUCAGCUUCUUCAACCUCACGAUGGAUAGAUUCUACUCCUUAUUCGACGCGGCACAAGCCAAUGCAGACAUGCAGGAGGUGGAAGGCAUGCUGGAGAAGUGGCAGAGGGAGAAGCCGGUGUUUGAUGGGAAAUACCAUAGCAUUCAAUCGGUGAUCUACAGGCUGCGGAAGUCGCUGGAUAGACGCCAGCACAGUGAGAGACAGCGGCAGCGGAUGGAGGAAGGGCAGCUGCUUCAUGCCGAGUUCUUCCCUCCAGUGGCGCCAACGAUGGAGGAGGUGCUGUGCAAGGCCUCGCUAUACCUGCCACACAACCACCCCAGCGAGCCGCACCACCUGCCAGCGGGCUCGGUAGCCCGCCACGUGGACAUCCACUUCCGCCUGCUGCGCCACGAUUUGAUUUCCCCCCUCUGGAGCAAGGCGCUCUUCCUCCUCCACCACCUCAACCACGAGUCCUCCUCCCGGGAUGCUCGUGGUGGCGGGGGAAGUAGCAGCAGGACCAGCGGCGGCGGCGGCGGCGGCGGCGGCGGUGGUGGGGGCAGAGGCGGCAGCAGGGAGGAGGCGAUGGGGCUGUUGACGGCGGACAGGGAGUUGGUGCGGGGUCUGACGGAGGAUAUGAAGGGCGUGGUGGGGUUUUCUUCCGAAGACAUGGAUGUGUAUCUGCUCAGGGAUGUGCGUGUGCUGGGUAUUGACACGGACAGGCGCAGCGGCGUGCACUUUCUAGUUGACUUUUUGGAACCUCCCAUGCCACGGGGCCGGAAUGCUCAUAAAAGCAGGGUGGAGUUCUGGGAGAACACGCGGAGGCUGCAGAACGGCUCCUUGAUCGGGGUGCAGCCGUGCGGGGGCGACGGGUUCAGUGCGGACCUGCUGGGGCUGAUCGCACAGGACGGCAACAGGGGGAGUGACGGGAGUGGCGGGAGUGGCGGGAGGACGCAGGUGGUGAUGCUGGAAGCGGCUGGAAGCUUCUUUGCAUAUGAGCCGAUUCUGAAGGCGCUGCAGAGCAUUACUGACACGUCACUUCCCUUCUCUGAGUACAUCUGUGGGGCACCUGAAGGGGCACCUGUUGGAGCACCUGGGAGGGCACAUGGAGCGUAUAAGCUGCCUGCGUACAUCAAAGGAGGGAUGAUGUACGACUUGAGCCUGCUGCUCAAGACCAAGGCACCCUCCUCCUCCUCCCAGCAGCCACAGACUGAUCCAGAGGACGAGUUCGCCAUCAGGAACGUGAUAAUCUCCAGCCCUGCGGCCUUCCCCAUGGAUGCUCUCCUGCGCUGCACGUCGCUGGACGAGCCCCAGACUGCGGCACUCCAGGCUGCUCUCACUCAGGAGUUCGCACUGCUGCAGGGCCCCCCAGGAACCGGCAAGACGUUUGUGGGGAUAAAGCUUGUGGAGCUUCUGCUGAGCAAUGCUCUCAAGAAGAGCACUUCGUUGGAACUGUUCGCUCGGGGCAGGGAGGUGGCCAGGUCAGCAGGGCCCAUCCUGUGCGUGUGCUUCACCAACCACGCACUGGAUCAGUUCCUGGAGGGCCUCAUCGCCAGCGGCAUUAAGAACGUGGUGCGCGUUGGAGGAAGGAGCAAGUCAGAGAUUCUGCAAGAGUACAACCUUCGCGAGAUUAUCCUAAAAUCUGGUCCGCAGCGCAGCAAAACGCACAGGGAGUCAAGCUACGAGGUGAAAGACAGAUUGAGGGAGAUGGAGGAGGUGAUUGGCCGGUACAGCGAUGCGCUGCAGCAGCGCAGCAACAACGUGGCGGGUGUGGCGUGGGGCUCCAUCGCCCGCCACCUCAUGGCCAACCACCCUGUUUUCUUCCGGGCGCUCGGCCCCACCGGCAAGGCAGCAGAUGGGUUUCAGCAAGUGGGGCGAGACAACUGGGACCGGUGGAAGCAAGGCUUACCCAAGAAAAGCUUUUCCGUCAAGAAGGUUGCUGCUGAGACAGGGGGGGAUCAAGGUUAUGUAUCCGUCAGUGGGACAGGAGGCAAAGGAGGAGGAGGAGGGGGAGGAAAGGCGGGAGCCCUGCCUCAAGGAGGGAGAGGGGGAGUAGGGGGGGUAGGGGGAGUAGGGGGAGUGGGAAUAGGCGCUUCUGGACGCCAGGCUCCGAUGCAGAACGCUUUUGGAGCCCUGGGAUUGCUUGGUGAUCUGGAGUUGGGGCAAGGGUGGGAUAUAAGCGGUGUGAAGAAUGGCCUAGUAAGUGCGGAGCUGAGUGAAAUCGUCGGGUUGAUGGGUUCGUACUUUGAUGGUGGUGGCAGUGGUGGUGGGUAUUCAGUGACAGGCACGGGAUUUGACAGCUCGUGGCUGAGCCUUGCUCCCUCUAGCGGAGCGAGAGUGGCAGGAGGGGCAGGAGGUGCAGGAGGGGCUGGAGGGGUAGGAGUAUUUCCUGCGAAGGAGGAUCUCCCACACACGUUCGGUAACUUGAGUAUUCACAAUGGCAUGCGACUUGAAGGCGGCAGGGGGAGCACAGGCAGCAGGCAGGAGCACGGGAGCAUGGGGAAGGUGAUGGAGGAAGAGGUGGAGGAGGAGGAGGUGUGGCCAGGUCCGGAGGUGGAUGAGGCGAGUGACAGGGGUGUGGAGGAGCUGUUGGGGUUGGCAGACCCGUGGGCAACGAGUGGGCGGGAGAGGAGGAAGCUGGUGGCGUUCUGGGUGGGGGAGCUGCGCGCCACUGCCACUGCUGCCAUCGAGGCCGAGGUGGCCAAUUACUCAAGGACGAUGAGGGAGCGCAACGAGCUACGGCAAGUGGAGGACCUGCAGGUGCUGAGGAGGGCGCAGGUGGUGGGCAUGACAACGUCUGGGGUGGCCAAGAUGCAGCGCCUCAUCACGGCGCUCGGCCCGCGAGUUGUCAUCCUGAGGCCCAAGGUGGAGGUGUACGAGCUGAGCAAGGACUCCAAAAGAGGCUUCGACCUGGACGUCUCUCUCUUUGAGCGCCUGGCCCACUCAAAGCAGAUCCCCGUGUACACGCUCGCCACGCAGCGCCGCAUGCGCCCUGAGAUCGCUGACCUCAUUCGCUUCACCAUCUACCCCGGCCUGAAGGAUCACCCUUUCGUGCAAGGGUACCCAGACGUGAGGGGCAUGGCGGCCAAUCUGCACUUUUGGGACCACGGCUUCCCUGAGACAGGCAGGGACGACCUGAGGGAGGGCAAGUCCAAGUCCAACGCGGGCGAGGCAGCCAUGGUGGUCGCCCUCGCCACCUACCUCCUGCAGCAGGGGUACACGGGAGGGGAAGUCACCAUCCUCACGCCCUAUGUGGGCCAGCUGCUGAAGCUGCGCCAGGCGCUUUCUCAGGUGGUGAACGUGCGCCUGGGGGAGGGCGAUGCGGAGAAGGUGGAGGAGGCAGAGGAGAAGGCGGCUACCAGGGAAGGUGCAUCUGGGGGGGAGGCGGCUGGGGUUGGAGAGGCGGCCGCGGGGGUGGGGAGUUCAGCGGCCAAGGGGAAGGGGAAGGGGAAGGGGAAGGGGAAGGGGAAGGGGAAAGGGAAGGGGAAGGGGUCGGAGCCAGAGUUAGCUGCACCUAAAGUGACCACUGCGGAUCUGAAGGAUGCGGGCGAGGAGAGCACGGUGAUCAUCGAAUCUCUCGUGCGCAACAACGUGGAUGGCAAGAUUGGGUUUCUCAAGAGCCCCAACCGCACCAACGUGCUGCUGUCCCGUGCCAAGCAUGGCAUGUACAUCAUUGGCAAUGCCAGCACCAUGCGGGCUGCCACCUCCAAAUCCGUCCUCUGGACGAAAAUAAUGGACAUGCUGGAGAGCAAGGGGCGCGUGGAGAAGUUCAUCCCCCUGCGUUGUGUGAACCACCCCGACACGGUGACUCGCAUUGAGAAAGCGGGGGAGUUCAAGGAGAAGGCCAGCGAGGGCGGAUGCUCCCAGAUGUGUGGCUUUCGGCUCACUUCCUGCGGCCAUACCUGCCCUCGCAGGUCAGAAUCUGUGUUGUUGCAUUGA